AGAGCAGUGCAAUCGGAACAAGAUGGAGGCUGCCGCAGAGAUGAGCCCGAUUCUGCAGGAGAAGCUUAAUGACGUGCUGAGCAGAUACGACGCGUUGGAAGCCAUUCUGGUGUGUACCUCCGAAGGUGUUCCGCUACUCAAAGUAUCUGCUGAGGAGAAGUCGGAGCUGUCAUACGAAUACACGGAGACGGUGCUGCCGACAGUCUUUGCAGGGGCGGCGGAGCAGAUCGGAAAGCUUAAGUUCGGAGCCGUGCAGAGUGUGACCGCCUUCUUCGACGACGUGGUGCUGAUCCACAUCAACCACGCGCCUCUGGUCAUCACUCUCGUGGCUCCCAACUCUCCGCACAUUGGUGCACUCCACGCUCUAGCCAGCGAGUUGCGUCCUGCCCUCACGCCGCUCAAGAAAUGCGUCGAGAGCGCAGACGUGCAUUAAAACUCCUCGGCCUCAUAGUCCGAGCUCAAGAUCGGAGUAUUGGAAGUCUGUGCAGCUGCGUUAAUAAUGAGCAUGCAUCUAUCUCUUA